CGGUUUGGCCUGCCAAUGUCUCCUUGGCCUUAGGUACUGGCAGACACCUCUCUGGGCUCCCAAAUUCCCGGAAAUAGAGCAUGAAUUCCACAUUCUUUUCUUGUCAUUUGUUGCUUUGACACAAAAAAUAAAAUAAAAAAUAAAAAUUCACACUGUGAAGCCCGCUUUGUGGGAACGCUAUAAAUAUUUCCCUAGAGAGCUACCUCCUCCCUGCUGUCAUCCAUGCAGCAAGGCCACGGUAACUCUUCUAGGGCGUCGCCUUGGUUGAUAUUGAUUAAAAACAAAGUAAAUACAUAUAUAGUUGCGUACUCGCCCCUUGAUCGGGGUGCCAGUCAAACACCCGAUUCGGUGGACGAAAUAUACAAGUUUGUGUUCAGUUUUUCGCUACAUCAUCUGCAAUGUUGUCCUUGAUACACGUCGUGGUGGUAGCCUUUGGCUGCUUUUCCCUAUAUCAAGUAUAUCUCUACUUCACUGUCGGUGCCGCACGUCGAAAACUAGUCAAGGAGCAUGCAUGUAGGCCGCCUCCUGCGUACCCACACAAAGAUCCCAUUUUCGGUUUGGAUCUCACCAUGAAACUCAGGGGACAUAAGCAAAAGAAUAUCCUCCUCCAAGAAUCCGUAAAACGCUACCGGAUCUUUGGAAACACCUUUUCACUGAUCGGUGUCGGAAUACCUACGAUCUCUACUUGCGAGCCUGAGAAUAUUAAAUGCGUGUUGUCUCUUAAGUUUUCUGAUUAUGAAAUUAACGCCCUUAGGAAGACAGCCUUCCAUGGUGUUUUUGGUCAAGGGAUAUUCACCACAGAUGGUCCUCAGUGGGAACACUCAAGAACUAUGCUCCGGCCAAAUUUCAACCGCGCUCAGGUCGCCGAACUGGCUAUUUUUGAAGCACAUAUACAGAACCUUAUCCAAGUGGUCCCUACCGAUGGAUCUACCGUUGACCUCCAGCCGCUGUUCUUUGAUCUUACUGCAGACACCGCAACUGAGUUUUUGUUCGGAGAAUCAGCCAACACUCUUCAUAAGAACUUCAAACCCUCUACUAAAGAAAAUUUCGCUGAAGCCUUCACCUACUGUACAACAGAAAUUGGCAACUCCCUAAGGGUGGGCCUCCUCGACAGAUAUUUCAAGACCGACAAGCGCUUUGAAAGGGAUCGGAAACUGAUUCACGACUUUGCGGACCGGUAUGUGAAGAAGGCGCUUGAGAAUCACGCGAAUGAAAAAUACGGAAGCGGUCCUCUUCCCGAAAAGGGCCGCUACGUAUUCCUGCAAGAACUAGCGAAACAGACUCAGGAUCCCAUUGCUCUUCGUUCCGAAACACUAAACAUCUUGCUUGCCGGUCGCGACACCACCGCCAGUCUCUUAGCGAAUGUCUGGAACAUAAUCCCCAAACGUCCAGACGUGCUGAAGAAACUCCGUGCAGAGGUCGACCAACUCGGUGGGAGAAAGCCCACGUUCGAAGAACUUAAAAAUAUGAAAUAUCUUAAAUACGUGCUUAACGAAUGUCUCCGACUCUGGCCCGUUGUCCCAAACAACGCACGUGCGGCCAUUCGCGAUACCAUCCUCCCACUUGGUGGUGGACCGGACGGCAAAUCACCGGUUUUUGUCAAAAAGGGAACGACCCUCGCUUACAGCGUCUACGCCAUGCACAGACGCCAGGACAUCUACGGGCCCGACGCUGCUGAAUUCCGACCAGAGCGAUGGGAAACUAUCAGACCUGGCUGGGAGUAUUUGCCAUUUAAUGGUGGACCGAGGAUUUGUCUUGGCCAACAAUUCGCCCUCACAGAAGCUUCGUACACUACAGUUCGGCUCAUGCAACAUUUCCGCACGAUUGAAUCGCGCGACCCAGAACCGUGGACCGAAUGGGUCACCAUCACAUGUGCUAGCCACCAUGGUGCUAAAGUUUCGCUGAAGCCGUGAACCCCGAACCGAUUCCGUGCCCUUGACACUUUGGUUGUGGGUGAAGGGACUUGGUUUAUGGAAUGACUUAACGUUGAUUGGUGAAUUUUCUUACUCUUAUCUCUCCCUCUCCCCCAUUUCCUGUUUUCGCUUUUCGUUUCUUAUUUGCUUGUUGUGAAAAUUAUAUAUUCCGUGGUUCGUGGUUGCAGUCUACAAUUCUGUUGUUUGUAUGUUAGCUGUACGUCAAAGUAGGGUUGUGGUUUUUAAAGGGGGCGGCGGUUUGAAUUUAUGACAUGGUCUCCUUUGAUAUAUCUUUAUUGAAGCUUGAAUGCAUGCAUAUUUGUUCUUUUCUCCCUUUGUAGAUUAAACAUGUUAGUUCAACGUUGCCGGUAGCCUUACUAUGUAAGAAUAUCUUCUUGUAG